AUGACAAAGACAACAUUGUUAAUGGUGUGCCUGAUUCUCAUCUUUUCUGUGGAUGCUGAAGACAAGUCAAACCAGUACCGAAAGCCUGAAUGUGGGGGCAUGAGUUUGACUCAGGCCUGCCCUCUUAACUAUGCUCCAGUAUGUGGAAGUGAUGGUAUCACCUACGCCAACGAGUGUGCCCUAUGUGUGCAAUGCCUGCAAACCAACACAGACAUCAUGAUUAUGAAAGACGGCAGCUGCUGA